CCUCCUCCCCGGCUUUCACGUUGCUGCCGUCGCGUCAAGUCCCUGCCGCCUCCCCCCUCCCUCCUGCCGCGCGGAGCCCAAAUCGCCGCGGAUUCGUCGGCCUUCACGCAGCCGCUGCGGCGCCGCGGUUUGCGCACCGCCUUGGUAUCCCCGCCGCCUCCUCCGCGGCGACCCAUGGCUCUCCUCGCCCCCGCCAUCUCCGGCGAGGUGGGUUUGCGGCUCUUAUUGGCGCCACUAAGCUCUAAUGUAGUCAUCCGUACAGCCAGUUGUGCUGUGGGGAUUGGUCUACCUGUUUACUCCACUUUCAGAGCUAUUGAGAAGAAGGAUGAAAAGGAUAAAGAGCGGUUGCUCUUGUAUUGGGCAGCAUAUGGAUCUUUUAGCAUUGCUGAAGUCUUUGCAGAUAGGCUUCUUGCAAGUGUUCCUCUGUAUUAUCAUGUGAAGUUUGCUAUCCUUGUGUGGCUCCAGUUCCCUUCAAACGGUGGGUCAAAGCAUGUAUACAAAAGAUACAUACGCCCAUUCUUCCUGAAACAUCAAGCAAAAAUUGAUAGGUUUCUGAACAUUCUGUCAAAGGAACUUACGAAGUUUGUCAGCAGCCAUGAAGAUGAAAUUCGUUUUGUAGAGAACAUGGCCAUCAGAGGUGCUACAACAGCGAACUACAUUGUAAAUGGCCUCAACCAACCUGAUGAUUCACAAGCGAAUAAUGCAAUUGAAGGUCCAAAUCCAACUGCAACAGAAGCAGCUGCUGGGCUGGGAACUGAGACUUGAGCUGAACUUUGCUAUCUCCACUCACAAUUUCUCUGGCGCAGCAAAUGCCAUAUGGUUGGAUAUCUACAGAAGUGUCCAUUUAGGUCAUCCAGCCUGUUUGGAUUGUGAAUACGACUGUUCCUGAAUCUAGAAACUAUGUUUUUAGUUUUAGCUAGAUCAGUACUAUCCAUAGCCACUUAAAUGGUUGUUGGACGGAUUUGCAGCAUCCAUUUGUCUACACUAUAUAAAGUGCUUGAGGCGUGAGAUGCAUUUUCAUGUACAUACGUUGCCUGUUUGCUUUUUCAUCGUCUAUGAUGUGUCAUAUUUUAUGUCAGAGCAAUUUGAGUAUUGCAAUGAACCAUCUUGAACUAAA